CACACACACACACACACGCAGUAUUUCAGUGGAGACGAUGGCGAGCAGGUGGAUAACAAUUGUGUUCCUCUCUCUGUACCAAGCCGGGUUCCUCCUCGCCCUGGACUGCGUUCCACAAGGCAUGAAGAAAGUGGGACCAGAAGAUCAUACCUUAGUUCACGAGGAGAUAUUGUCUGGAGACCACGACACCUGGACAACACUGUUCGUGAAGCCCGGAGAACACUUCAGAGGGAUAAGUGCGUUAGUGAAGAAUGAAGAUAUAAAACCUACUUGGUUGUCAGUGCAAAAGUGCUUCCUGGGUGACAAUGAAUGGAUGAAAAUAAGAGUAAGAGUGACUAAUAAGCAAGUUUCAGCCCCUUAUGGACACGUCACAGUGACCACUGACGGAUGCAAAUGGUCUUGUGACAUAGCAAAGAUACGAUUACCGAAACACAAAGUCAAAUUAUUCCUUCUGGCCCACGGCUCGUCCAUCUGGAAAAAAUCCCACUCGCCACAAUGCCACAACACAACAGACUCAGACUUACUGCCCAAGAUUGACUACGUAUGCAGCCACAAGGCCAACGCCAAACCCAAAAUAGAUUCGGCAAUGGUGUUCGUAGGAGUAAUGGUGACAAUAGGAGUGGUGGUGGUGGUGGUAGCACUGCGCAGGAUGAUAGUCCGCCGCCGCCUACGUAGAGCGACAACACAACGAGUCACUCCAGCCCCCCCGAGGCCAGUACAGACACACUUUCAGGCACCACCAUACCCUACAAACAGCGCCCAGCCCCUCAGCUACAACGCGUGGCAGCCCGUCAAUCCUGGACAGCCAGUGACAUGGGCACCAAAUAUAGCAACGAGGGAACCCUACCCACCUCUCGAAUGCCUCGGUGAAAGAAGAGCCCCUCCACGCAUCUACUAGGUGGACAUUAACAUGGCACCACCAAUGAAGGGCUGUGCUUUUGAGCCACGCAGGAACGGGGCCUUCAUAUCACUAGACCUUGAUGCGCAUCACCUAGGCGACGAUUAACAUGGCACCACCUAUGAAGAACUGCAUCUUGAGCCAUUCCUCAUCAGAAAGCAACUAAAGGAGGAGAGGAGGAAAAGGAGGAAUACAAAGGACGACCAAACAACGACGAACUUUGAUGCACUUGCUCGGCUUUUGAGUACCCAAUGUUUGCCAUUCGUUUAGUGACAAACAAAAUGAUACAGUAACCAUGCUUGCCUUAUUACUACUAUUUCUCUUUAUCACCCAGUACGCUCUUUACAGUUGUACUAGAGAUAGGUACAGUACAUCCAGUCUUCUGGACCAUUUUCACACAUAAGCCCAUUCUUUCUAAGAAAGUAAGCCUUUUAAAUCUUGACUAAUAUUUUAUCUAGUGGAACUUUAUUUUUUUUCAGUGUGUGUGUGUGGGGGGCGGUCUAUGUGAGUGAGUAUGCACGUGCACCUCUUUGCUUUCCCUGUUGCUUUUCACAUCAGUGCAUUCCUUUAUUUACUUUCACACUGGUGGUGAGUUGGAUCGCCUUUAUUCCUUAGUUACAUAACAUUUUAUUCAAUAAAAUGUGACAUGAUUUCAUCAAACAAUGUAUUGAUUUAGUGUAUUACGGUUCAGUAUUUAACAGUAUUUUAGUAUUAGGAAAUGUUAGUGGAUACUGAAGCAAAGUGACAUGAAUAGUUUGGAAACAUUACUUAUAUAUAUAUAUAUAUAUAUAUAUAUAUAUAUAUAUA